AUGCCCGACUACAAGCGUGCCACGCUGCAGGACGAUGAGGGGCCAGAGCCGGCAAGAGAUGGCAGCGCCUCUCCCGACAGCGUGGAGGUGGGGUUUCGGAAGGGGCCAGAGCCAUGGCUGAGCCGCCUGGCCUCACGCAGCCAGCUGGAGCUGGUGCUCUGCGCCGUUGCCGUCUCCCUGGCCCUGCUGCUUGGCAUCGCUGUCAUCGCCCUGGCCAUCCAGUACCGCAGAGAUCCUUCUCACAGCACGUGCCUGACGGACGCCUGCGUCCGGGUGGCCAGCAAGAUCCUGGAGGCUCUGGAUUCGGAGACAGACCCAUGCCAGGACUUCUACCAGUACUCGUGCGGGGGCUGGAUCAAGAGGAACCCGCUGCCCAAUGGACGCUCCAAGUGGAGCACCUUCAACAGCAUCUGGGACCAGAACCAGGCCAUCAUGAAGCAUCUCCUAGAGAACACCACCUUCAACUCCAGCAGUGAGGCGGAGCGGAAGACGCAGCGGGACUACCCGUCCUGCCUCCAGGAGCAGAAGAUAGAACAGCCCCUCAUGGAGCUCAUCGACAAGAUCGGGGGGUGGAAUGUCACCGGCUCCUGGAACCAGACCAGCUUCAUGGAGGUCCUCAAGAUGGUGUCAGGCACGUACCGGGCGACCCCCUUCUUCACAGUGUAUGUGGGGGCAGACUCCAAGAGCUCCAACAGCAACAUCAUCCAGGUUGGCACCUUGGCAUGGAGGGGUGGGCUUUUCCUCCCAUCUCGGGAUUACUACCUGAACAAGACUGCCAAUGAGAGGGUCCUGGCAGCAUCCCUGGACUACAUGGUGGAGCUGGGCACACUGCUGGGGGGGGCCCCAGAGCCCACCCGUCUCCAGAUGCGGCAGGUGCUGGACUUCGAAACCCAGCUGGCCAACAUCACUGUGCCCCAAGCUGAGCGGCGAGACGACGAGAAGAUCUACCACAAGAUGAGCAUCGCUGAGCUGCAGACCCUGGCCCCUGCUGUCGACUGGCUGGAUUACCUGUCCUAUGCCCUGGCCCCGCUGGAGCUGGCAGACACAGAGCCUGUGGUGGUGUACGGGGACGCCUACCUCCAGCAGGUCUCUGACCUGAUCAACGGCACCGACAGGAGCAUCCUGAACAACUACGUGAUCUGGAACCUGGUGCAGAAGACAGCCUCCAGUCUGGACCAGCGCUUCGAGACGGCCCAGGAGAGGCUGCGGGGGACACUCUACGGGACCACGAAGUCCUGCACACCUCGCUGGCAAACCUGCAUCUCCAACACGGACGACACGCUGGGCUUCGCCCUGGGCUCCCUCUUUGUCAAAGCGACCUUCGACCGGGACAGCAAGGCCAUC